GAUUAUAUACACACAACGACGGCGCGUACGACGUGCCUCACACGCACGCACGCGGUGUAAUAGUAGUAAUAAUCCUAACCGGCCACUACUGCUGUUGUUGUAUUUCGUACGCGUCGAGCACCAGUCGUCCGUCGUCGUUCGUGUCGUGCGCAAGUGCGUCGAUUUUGGUCGCUUGAAAUCGGGUUUAGCCGCGCGCGCGCGCGAGAUCUUAAAAUAUAUUUUUUUAUCAUACGUGUAUGAUAUCGAUAUCGACUUCGUCUACGAAUUAUACGACUACGUAUCGUCGACACCGUGCGAUUUAGUCAAGUGGACAUCGAUCGUUUUUUGUCGUGCUGUUUUUUAAUAGUUUUUUUUUUCCGUUAUCAUAAUACUACCGUCUUUAUCAUUCGAUUUCGCGCCGCAAAUGAGUUCGUUUCGAGUGUACACGGCGCGACGACGCCGAAGGAUCGUCUCCUGCGCCGACCGAUAUGAUCAGCUGCAGUCGUCGCUGUAGCUUAUUUCCACCGCCGGUGUAGAGUUGCGGUCAUGAAGUUUCGUAACCACUCGGAAUCGUCGUAUUCGCUCAGAAAUCGAGCGUGAAAAGGAUCGACCGUUUUUGUCGGAAUCGACUGCAACCGCGGACGCGCGACUCGCCGGACGUUACCGUACCGACAGGUGGUGCCGCUGACCAUGUGCGCGGCGCCGACAUUAGUGGUGGCGGCCGUGUUGUGCGCCAUCGCGACCACGGCCGUCUGCAACAUGCAGCCGGUGGCCGUGACAAACACGGCGGCGGCUUCGGCAGGGGCCGCGGCCGGUGUGGCAGCCGUCCCGGUACCAGGGCGCUGCGAAGAGAUCACCAUACCGAUGUGCCGGGGCAUCGGGUACAACAUGACUUCGAUGCCGAACCAGUUGAACCACGAGACCCAAGAGGAAGCCGGCAUGGAGGUGCACCAGUUUUGGCCGCUGGUCGAGAUCAACUGUUCGGCUGACCUCAAGUUCUUCCUGUGUUCCGUGUACACGCCCAUCUGCAUCGAGGAGUACCAGCGACCGUUGCAGGCGUGUCGCAGCGUGUGCGAACGGGCCAGGGACGGGUGUCUGCCCGUCAUGCAACGGUACGGGUUCGUGUGGCCGGAGAAGAUGCAGUGCGACAAGCUUCCGGUGCACGGCGGACCGGAACUGUGCAUGGCCCAGGACGUGUACGAACAGCAACACGGAUCGACGAAACCGACCAAGAAGCCGGCUGGGUUGCCGGGCAACAAGUGCAAGCCGGGCAGCAGGGCAAAGGGAUGCGAGAAAUACGCUUACAGCGGCAGCGGCGACGAAGACGGGUGCGAGUGCAAGUGCCGGCCGCCUUUGGUACCCGUCGACAGGGAAUCGGUCCGGUACAACCGGAGCGGCGUGUCCGUUGCCGGCGUGGACAACUGCGCGAUGCCGUGCCGGGGUGUGAUGUUUACCGAUGACGAGAAGGACUUCGCGUCCACGUGGAUCGCGCUCUGGUCGAGCAUUUGUUGCGUCACCACGCUGAUGACGCUCACCACGUACACCAUCGACACACAGCGGUUCAAGUACCCGGAAAAGCCGAUUGUGUUCCUGUCCGGUUGCUACCUGAUGGUCAGCAUAGGUUACCUGAUCCGAGUAUACGCCGGUCACGACGCGGUCGCCUGCGAGCCCGACGGUUCCGUCAAGUACAACGCGUCCGGGCCCACGCCGUGCACGCUCGUCUUCCUGUUGCUCUACUUCUUCGGCAUGGCCUCGUCCAUCUGGUGGGUCAUACUGGCGUUCACGUGGUUCCUGGCGGCCGGCCUCAAGUGGGGCAACGAGGCCAUAGCGUCUUACUCUCAAUACUUCCACCUGGCCGCCUGGCUGAUACCCACAGUCAAGUCGCUGGGCGUGCUGGUCAUGUCGGCCGUCGACGGAGACGCGUUCGCCGGCGUGUGCUACGUGGGCAACCAGAACCCGGACAACCUGAAAAUGUUCGUCUUGGCGCCGCUCGUCGUCUACCUGGCGCUAGGCAUAUCUUUCCUUUUGGGCGGGUUCGUGUCGCUGUUCCGCAUCCGGAACGUCAUCAAGCAACAGGUGGGCCGGAGUAAAGCCGACAAGUUGGAGAAGCUCAUGAUCAGGAUCGGCGUAUUCAGCGUCCUGUACACCGUGCCCGCGUCCGUCGUCAUCGGGUGCCACUACUACGAGGCCCGGUACAUGCCCGACCGCGUGGCUCACUUGGCGUGCCCGUGCUCUGAACCGGACCUCGACACCAAGCCGGUGUACACCAUGCUCAUGCUCAAAUACUUCAUGACGCUGGUGAUGGGCGUCACGUCAGGCGUGUGGAUAUGGUCCGGUAAAACGGUCGGCUCAUGGAAGCGCCUGUCCCGUCGACUAUUCGGCGGCGGCGGCGUUGGCGGUGGAGGAGGUGGCGGUCGUAUGUCCAAGGGCGGCCCCAACCCAGUACUCGUCAAUCCGGGAAAACAGCGCAAGCAGCUACAGUACAUGCCGGCGCCCUCGGUCCCGGGCAGUACGCUUCCUUCGUCCCACCACCUGGCUCCAUCGUCCAGCCUGCACCACCACAUCAUCAAACAGGCGCCGCUUAGCCACGUAUGACAUCAGUACGCCACUCCUGCCCUUAGCUACGAGCAACCAGACCCGUCCGAGGACAUGAUGCCCUCCACAACGGGGCUCAGUGACUAUGGUCCUCUUUAAAGGGUCGGGCAGGAGGAAUAAUGAUGAACCAUCAGAAGCAUAAAAUAUGAUCUCGACAUGUACUUUUAUUAUUAUUAUCAUUAUUAUUAUUAUUUUUUAUUUUUUUUUAUUUCUGUACAAUACAUAUUAUCUCCUACUCGAACAGA